CCUAAUGCCACAUGAGUACACUGAUGCACAGCAAUCUAGUGUGCACUGUCUCAGUCUGUCUGGGCUUGGAAAUGUUUGCUCCAGCUUUUCCAUUUGGACACAGCACCAAAUGGGAGGUUUUGGUUGUCUGCUGGAUUGGAAUAUCUCCCCUCAGGAAUCCCAGGAUUAGCCUCAGCUGCUGCGACUCUGCCCACAGCGGAUUGGGAUUCCUUCAGCACAUUGCCCCGUCAGUCUAUCAUUAGCUAAUGGUAGCAGCAGACUACUACUUUCUCCAUCAGCAAACACGGCCAAGUCCGCAUGCAGUUCAUGGAUUUUUACAAUUUAUGGAAGAAUUAUCAAGCAUGGCUUGCUGGGCAACCAAUCACAAGUGGCAGUAUGCCCAGACAGGCUCCGCCCUCAUCCAGCUGACAGGUUUCAGGAGAAAUGAGGAGAUGAGAGCGAUGGAGGUGCUUCCUAUCCUCAAAGAAAAAGUUGCCUUUUUGUCAGGUGGCAGAGACAGGCGAGGUGGACCUGUGUUAACAUUUCCUUCACGCAGUAAUCAUGACAGAAUACGACAGGAGGACCUGAGGAGACUGAUCGCCUACCUUGCUGGCAUCCCCAGCGAGGAUGUGUGUAAACAUGGCUUCACGGUCAUCGUUGAUAUGCGCGGUUCCAAGUGGGACAGCAUCAAACCUCUGCUGAAGAUCCUGCAGGAGUCUUUUCCCUCCUGCAUCCACGUUGCGCUCAUCAUCAAACCGGACAACUUCUGGCAAAAGCAGAGGACCAACUUUGGCAGCUCCAAGUUUGAAUUUGAGACGACCAUGGUGUCACUGGAGGGCCUGACGAAGGUCGUGGACCCCUCACAGCUGACAGCAGACUUUGACGGCAGCCUGGACUACAACCAUGAAGAGUGGAUUGAGGUGCGCGUGGCCUUUGAGGAGUUCUCCGGCCACGCCACCCAGAUGUUGGCUCGACUGGAGGAGAUGCAAGAAACUGUGUCAAGGAAAGACUUCCCUCAAGACCUGGAAGGAGCUCGGAGAAUGAUAGAAGAGCAUGCCACGCUGAAGAAGAAAGUCAUAAAAGCACCGAUCGAGGAGCUGGACACUGAGGGACAGAGGUUACUCCAGCGUAUCCAGAGCAGCGAGUCUUUCUCCAACCGUAACGGCAGUAGCGGAGGCAGUGGUGGGAGCAGCAGCAGCAGCAGCGGGGUUUGCAACGCGGACACCCAGGGUCUCAUACCGCGGAUCACCCAGCUCCUGGACAAGCUGCACUCCACACGACAGCACCUCCAUCAGGCCUGGCAUGUCCGCAAGCUCCAGCUGGACCAAUGUUUCCAGCUCCGCCUCUUCGAACAGGACGCAGAGAAGAUGUUUGACUGGAUCAUGCACAACAAGGGUUUGUUCCUGGCAGGCUACACAGAAAUCGGCAACAACCACCCCCACGCCAUAGAGCUGCAAACCCAGCACAACCACUUCGCUAUGAACUGCAUGAAUGUGUACGUCAACAUCAACCGCAUCAUGUCCGUGGGCAACCGGCUGUUGGAGUCGGGUCACUACGCAUCCCAGCAGAUCAAGCAGAUCUCAGGUCAGCUGGAGCAGGAAUGGAAAGCCUUCGCUGCCGCUCUGGACGAACGCAGCACGUUGCUAGAGAUGUCAGCCAGCUUCCACCAGAAGUGUGAUCAGUACAUGAGCAACGUGGACUCGUGGUGUAAAGCGUGUGGUGAGGUGGAUUUGCCCUCGGAGCUUCAGGACUUAGAAGACGCCAUCCAUCAUCAUCAAGGCCUGUACGAACACAUCACCGCUGCCUACUCGGAGGUGAGCCAAGAUGGCAAAGCUCUGUUGGAUAAACUGCAGCGACCGUUGACUCCAGGCAGCGCCGAUUCCCUCACAGCAUCAGCGAAUUACUCUAAAGCGGUGCACCAUGUCCUGGACAUCAUCCAUGAGGUUCUGCAUCACCAGAGACAGCUGGAGAACAUCUGGCAGCACCGCAAAGUCCGGCUGCACCAACGCCUGCAGCUCUGCGUCUUCCAACAGGAUGUCCAGCAGGUGCUAGACUGGAUAGAGAACCACGGUGAAGCGUUCCUCAGCAAACACACAGGUGUGGGAAAAUCCCUCCACCGAGCCAGAGCUCUUCAGAAACGCCACGAAGACUUUGAGGAAGUGGCUCAGAAUACGUACACCAAUGCAGACAAGCUGCUGGAGGCGGCCGAGCAGCUGGCCCAGACGGGAGAGUGUGACCCAGAGGAGAUCUACCAGGCCGCCCACCAGCUCGAAGACCGGAUCCAAGACUUUGUUCGCCGCGUGGAGCAGCGCAAAGUCCUGCUGGACAUGUCUGUCGCCUUCCACACGCACGUCAAAGAGCUUUGGACAUGGCUGGAGGAGCUUCAGAAGGAGCUGCUGGACGAUGUGUACGCGGAGUCGGUGGAGGCCGUCCAGGAUCUGAUCAAACGCUUCGGUCAGCAGCAGCAGACCACGCUGCAGGUCACCGUCAACGUCAUCAAGGAGGGAGAGGACCUCAUCCAGCAGCUCAGGGACUCGGCCAUCUCAAGCAACAAGACGCCCCACAAUAGCUCCAUCAACCACAUCGAGAGCGUCCUGCAGCAGCUGGACGAGGCCCAGGCCCAGAUGGAAGAGCUCUUCCAGGAGAGGAAGAUCAAACUGGAGCUCUUCCUCCAGCUCCGAAUCUUUGAGAGGGACGCCAUCGAUAUCAUCUCUGACCUGGAGUCGUGGAACGAGGAGCUGACAGGCCAGAUGAAUGACUUCGAUACGGAGGACCUGACGCUGGCCGAGCAGAGGCUGCAGCACCACGCAGACAAGGCCCUGACCAUGAACAACCUCACCUUCGAUGUCAUCCACCAGGGGCAGGAGCUGCUGCAGUAUGUCAACGAAGUCCAGGCCUCUGGUGUUGAGCUGCUGUGCGACCGAGACGUCGACAUGGCCACGCGGGUGCAGGAGUUGCUUGAGUUCCUCCACGAGAAGCAGCAGGAGCUGGACUUAGCGGCUGAGCAGCACCGGAGACACCUGGAGCAGUGUGUCCAGCUGAGACACCUCCAGGCUGAAGUCAAACAGGUUCUUGGCUGGAUUCGUAAUGGCGAGUCGAUGCUUAACGCUGGUUUAAUCACAGCCAGCUCCCUGCAGGAAGCCGAGCAGCUGCAAAGAGAGCAUGAACAGUUUCAGCACGCUAUUGAGAAAACCCACCAGAGUGCCCUGCAGGUCCAGCAGAAGGCCGAAGCUCUGCUCCAGGCAAACCACUAUGACAUGGACCUGAUCAGAGACUGUGCAGAGAGUGUGGCCUCUCACUGGCAGCAGCUCAUGCUGAAAAUGGAGGACAGACUUAAGCUGGUCAACGCCUCUGUGGCCUUCUACAAGACCUCUGAACAGGUCUGCAGUGUGUUGGAGAGUCUGGAGCAGGAGUACAAAAGAGAGGAGGACUGGUGUGGAGGAGCCGACAAACUGGGACCCAACUGUGAGACUGAUCAUGUCACCCCCAUGAUCAGUAAACAUCUAGAGCAGAAAGAGGCCUUCCUGAAGGCGUGCACUUUAGCCAGAAGAAACGCAGAUGUCUUCCUCAAGUACAUGCACAGGAACAGCGUCAACAUGCCUGGGAUGCUGAGCCACGUCAAAGCACCAGAGCAACAGGUUAAAAACAUCCUGAAUGAGCUGCUGCAGAGAGAAAACCGUGUUCUUCACUUCUGGACCAUGAGGAAACGACGUUUAGACCAGUGUCAGCAGUAUGUGGUGUUCGAACGCAGUGCCAAACAGGCUCUGGAGUGGAUUCACGACACCGGGGAGUUUUACCUGUCUACACACACCUCCACCGGCUCCAGCAUCCACCACACACAGGAACUGCUGAAGGAGCAUGAGGAAUUCCACAUUACAGCCAAGCAAACUAAGGAGCGUGUGAAGCUGCUGAUCCAGCUGGCUGAGGGCUUCUGCGAAAAAGGCCACAGUCACGCCGGGGAGAUCAAAAAAUGGGUGACAGCCGUGGACAAACGCUACCGAGACUUCUCCCUGCGCAUGGACAAGUACCGCUGCAGCCUGGAGAAAGCGCUGGGCAUCUCCUCCGACUCCAACAAGGCAAGUAAAGAUCUCCAGCUGGACAUCAUUCCGGCUACGGCUCCAGGGUCAGAGGUCAAGCUGAGAGAUGCUGCCCAUGAGUUGAACGAGGAGAAGCGCAAAUCGGCACGCAGGAAAGAGUUCAUCAUGGCAGAGCUGAUUCAGACAGAAAAAGCCUACGUGCGAGACCUGCGGGAGUGCAUGGAUACGUACUUGUGGGAGAUGACUAGCGGAGUGGAGGAGAUUCCUCCAGGAAUUAUCAACAAGGAGCACAUCAUCUUUGGAAACAUGCAGGACCUUUAUGAAUUCCACCAUAACAUCUUUCUCAAAGAGCUGGAGAAAUAUGAGCAGCUACCAGAGGAUGUCGGUCAUUGUUUUGUCACCUGGGCUGAUAAGUUCCAGAUGUAUGUGAAUUACUGUAAGAACAAGCCCGACUCCACACAGCUUAUCCUGGAGCACGCAGGGAACUACUUUGAUGAAAUUCAACAAAGGCACCGACUGGCCAACUCCAUCUCUUCCUACCUGAUCAAACCUGUGCAGAGAAUCACCAAGUAUCAACUGCUGCUCAAGGAGCUGCUGACAUGCUGUGAAGAAGGUAAAGGAGAGAUCAAAGACGGUCUGGAGGUGAUGCUCAGCGUUCCCAAGAAAGCCAACGAUGCCAUGCACCUUUCAAUGCUCGAAGGUUUUGAUGAAAACAUCGAGUCACAAGGCGAGCUGAUCCUUCAGGAUUCCUUCCAGGUCUGGGAUCCGAAGACUCUGAUCCGUAAAGGCAGAGAACGACACCUCUUCCUCUUUGAGAUGUCUCUGGUCUUCAGUAAGGAGGUUAAAGACUCCAACGGCAGGAGCAAGUACAUCUACAAGAGCAAACUCUUUACAUCAGAGCUGGGGGUGACGGAGCACGUAGAGGGAGACCCCUGUAAAUUUGCUCUUUGGGUGGGACGCACCCCGACCUCUGACAACAAGAUUGUGCUUAAGCUAAGUCAGGGAUCCAAACAUGGAGCAAUGGCGUCUAGCAUCGAGAACAAGCAAGACUGGAUCAAGCACAUCAGAGAGGUGAUCCAGGAGCGUACCAUCCACCUGAGAGGAGCCCUGAAGGAACCCAUUCAUAUCCCCAAAGCGACCACAGCCAAGCACCACAAGGGACGAAGGGAUGGAGAGGAUCUGGACAGUCAGGGUGAGGGCAGCAGUCAACCAGACACCAUCUCCCUGGCAUCCCGCACCUCUCAAAACACCCUGGACAGCGACAAGCUCUCUGGUGGCUGUGAGCUGACAGUGGUGAUACACGACUUCAUGGCCAGCAACAGCAACGAGCUGACAGUGCGGCGCGGUCAGACGGUUGAGGUUCUUGAGCGUUGCCAUGACAAGCCAGACUGGUGUCUAGUCAGGACCACGGACCGCUCCCCAGCUCAGGAGGGUCUGGUCCCCUGCUCCAUGCUCUGCAUUGCCCAUUCCAGGUCCUCCAUGGAGAUGGAGGGUAUCUUCAAUCACAAAGAUACACUGUCAGUCUGCAGCAACGACUCCAUCAUGCCAGGGUCAUCUGCAACGCUCCAGCCUGGUCAUGGCAUCGGUUCCCAUACUUCACCAGGACCAAAACGUCCAGGUAACACCCUUCGAAAGUGGCUUACAAGUCCAGUGCGACGGCUCAGCAGUGGGAAGGCAGACGGUCAUGUGAAGAAGCUCGCUCACAAACACAAGAAGAGUCGUGAGGUGAGGAAGAGCGGGGAGAUGACAAUGGGCUCGCAGAAAGACUCAGACGACAGUGCCGCCACGCCUCAGGAUGAGACUGUGGAAGAGAGGGUUCGUAACGAGGGUCUCUCAAGCGGCACUUUGUCGAAGUCCAGUUCUUCAGGCAUGCAGAGCUGUGGGGAGGAGGAAGGUGAGGAAGGUGCUGAUGCUGUUCCUCUGCCUCCACCUAUGGCCAUCCAGCAGCACAGCCUGCUACAGCCAGACUCACAGGAUGACAAGACCUCGUCUCGUCUGUCUGUUCGUCCGUCCAGUUCAGAGACUCCCAGUGCUGCAGAGUUGGUGAGCGCCAUCGAGGAGUUGGUCAAAAGCAAGAUGGCUCUGGAGGACAGACCCAGCUCACUGUCAGUCGAACAGGGCGACAGCAGCUCCCCCUCCUUCAACCCCUCAGACAACUCCCUCCUCUCCUCCUCAUCCCCCAUCGAAGAGAUGGAUGAACGCAGGACCAGCGUCCUCAAGAAAAGACAUUACAUUCUGCUGGAGUUGGUGGAGACGGAGAGAGACUACGUUAGAGACCUGAGCCUGGUCGUGGAGGGCUACAUGAGUCGGAUGAAGGAAGAGGGCGUCCCUGAUGAUAUGAAGGGCAAAGACAAAAUUGUGUUUGGCAACAUCCAUCAAAUCUACGACUGGCACAAAGAUUUUUUUCUCUUGGAGUUGGAGAAGUGUUUGGAGGACCCUGACAGACUCGGACCACUGUUUCUCAAGCAGGAACGAAGACUCAACAUGUACGUCGUCUACUGUCAAAACAAGCCCAAAUCGGAGCACAUCGUCUCAGAGUACAUCGACACCUACUUUGAGGACCUGAAGCAGCGGCUCGGCCACAGACUGCAGAUCACUGACCUGCUCAUAAAGCCGGUCCAGAGGAUCAUGAAGUACCAGCUGCUGCUGAAGGAUUUCCUGAAACACUCGAAGAAGGCUGGGCUGGAGUCUAUGGAGUUGGAGAAAGCAGUGGAGGUCAUGUGCAUCGUCCCAAAAAGAUGCAAUGACAUGAUGAAUGUUGGAAGACUUCAGGGAUUUGAUGGGAAGAUUGUGGCUCAGGGUCGUCUUCUGCUGCAGGACACGUUUAUGGUGUCUGACCCAGAGGGCGGUCUGCUCGGCCGGAUGAAGGAGAGGAGAGUCUUCCUCUUUGAACAGCUGGUGAUCUUCAGUGAACCCUUAGACAAGAAGAAAGGUUUCUCACUGCCAGGUUUCCUCUAUAAAAACAGCAUCAAGAUAAGCUGUUUGGGUUUGGAGGAGAACAUUGAAGGUGAUCCCUGUAAGUUCAUGCUGACUUCUCGCUUGUCCAACGGUACUACGGAGUCCUUUGUCCUUCACUCCUCCCACCCAGGGGUGCGUGAGGUCUGGACCCUUCAGAUUGCCCAGAUACUUGAGAGCCAACGCAACUUCCUCAACGCUCUCACCUCCCCCAUAGAGUACCAGAGGAACCACGUCGGGGUGAGUGGUGGGUCAUGUGGUCCCAGUAUGGGGGCUCUGAGUGGAGGCAGCGGUGGAUCUACUACCACACCUGGACCCGGAAGCUCCCAGAUCAGUUCCAUCCCAUCAGGGCCCCAGGGUGGCUCUCGUCGGCCAUCCAGGAUCCCCCAGCCCUCCCGCCUACCCCAACCCCUCCGCCACCAUCCCGGGGCCGACCCCGAUGGCCCCAACAAGAUGUCAGGUGUGUCACCCCGUCCUGUCCCUCCUCCCCUCAUCCCUUCAGGGGGUAGCCCACAGGGCAAACGUCCCAUCCAGACCCCAGAGGACCAAGCACAGACCCCCACUCCUGCCAAUGCUGUAACCCCUAUUCCCCGGGCCACAGUUGGGCCCCUGCCCUCCACACCCUCAUCCAAACCUCGGCCUGGAGCCGUGUCCCCUAUGGCCCCUCCCCUCGCCACUCCCGCUUUUGGCAAGGAAGUCCUCGUCCCUCCCCCUCCCAGCCCUGGCCAGAAGUCUGGAUCUGGGUUCUGGAGCUCCAUGCCGGGCUCCCCUGCCAGCCGGCCUGGCUCAUUCACCUUCCCGGGGGAAGCAGGAGAGUCUCCAGUGCGUCAGAAUUCAAACCAGAUCCAGACUGGUUCUGGAUCUGGGAGCCAAAGCCAAACCCACAGACACUCCACCCACAGCAAGGAGGCCGACCGUAUGAGUACAUGCUCAUCGGCCAGUGAGCAGUCCAUCCAGUCCACCCAGAGUAAUGGGAGUGAAAGUAGCAGCAGCAGUAGCGUAUCCACCAUGUUGGUGACCCAGGACUACAUGGCUGUAAAGGAGGAUGAGAUCAGCGUCAUUCAAGGUGAAGUGGUCCAGAUCUUAGCCAGCAACCAGCAAAACAUGUUCCUGGUGUUCAGGGCGGCUACGGAGCAGGGCCCAGCUGCAGAAGGCUGGAUCCCUGGAUUUGUGCUAGGACACACCUCGGCCAUCGUCCCCGAUUGCCCCGAGGGAUCCAUCAAUAGAAAAUCCUCGUCCUGGCACACGUCUCUACGCAUCCGAAAGAAGUCUGAGAAGAAGGAGAAGGAGGCGAAGAAGGAGACCAAGCUGGAAAAUGGUUACAGGAAGUCCAGAGAUGGGCUGGCCAACAAAGUUUCUGUAAAGCUUCUAAAUCCAAACUACAUCUAUGAUGUUCCCCCAGAGUUUCUUGUACCCCUGAGUGAUGUGACAUGUGACAAUGGAGAGAGCGUCACCCUUAGGUGUAAGGUCUGCGGUCGUCCCCGGGCCACUGUCACCUGGAAGGGACCCAACCAGACCAACCUCGCCAACAACGGCCACUUUAGCAUCACCUACAGCGAUACGGGUGAAGCGACCCUGCGGAUUAUCGGCGUUGCCUCUGAGGAUGACGGUGUUUACACUUGUGUCGCAACGAAUGAGCUGGGCAGUAUGACAUCCUCCGCCAGCCUCAGAGUGUUAGCUGUGUCCACCGAUGGCAUCAGGGUGAGCUGGAAGGACAACUUUGAGUCUCACUAUGCUGAAGUGGUGGAACUGGGCAGGGGUCGUUUCUCUGUUGUCAAGCGCUGCGACCACCGGGGGACCAAACGCACAGUCGCAGUCAAACAGGUGAAUAAGAAGCUGAUGAGACGGGACAGGGUGACUCAGGAACUCAGUCUGCUCCACAGGCUGCAACACCCCCACAUAGUCAGUCUGAUAGACACGUAUGAAACCCCCAGCAGCUACGCCCUCGUCCUGGAGAUGGUCGAUCAGGGCCGUCUCCUGGACUACAUUGUGAGCUGGGGGAAUCUGACAGAGGAGAAAGUGGCCUGCUACCUACGGCAUGUUUUAGAAGCUUUACAUUACCUACACAACAGCAGGAUAGUACAUUUGGACAUAAAGCCUGAGAACCUGCUGGUGGCUCACAGCUCCAGCGGACAGCCACUGGUCAAACUUACAGACUUCGGUGAUGCCAUUCAGCUCAACAGCGCCCACUACAUCCAUCCUCUGCUGGGCAGUCCUGAGUUCGCCUCCCCAGAGCUGGUGCUGGGGGAGCCGGUGUCGCUGACCUCCGACCUGUGGAGCCUGGGCGUGGUCACCUACGUGCUGCUGAGCGGUGCGUCUCCCUUCCUGGACGAGAGCGCGGAGGAGACCUGUCUGAACAUCUGCCGGCUGGACUUCAGCUUUCCUCGGGAUUACUUCCACGGCGUCAGCCAGACGGCCCGGGACUUUGUGUGCCUGCUUCUGAGGACAGACCCCGGCAGGAGGCCCCCGGCCGGGCUCUGUCUCCAGGAGCCGUGGCUGCAGACCUGCAGAGACGACGACCGGGCCCGAGGGGACUGCUGCCUGGACACUUCGCGCCUCAUCUCCUUCAUCGACAGAAGGAAACAUCAAACUGACGCCCGACCCAUCGGAGGAGUCAGGAGCUUCAUUCAAAGUCGCCUUCAGUCCAGAGUCUGAGAUUCAACUCCAACCCCACCCACCGCCUCUGCUCCCUCGCCAUCUGACCAACUGUCCAGUGCCAGGGCUGGAGCAUCUUGAUGUUUCAAAUGAAAAAGAGAGGAAUAAUGAAUGCUGAUCUUAUGCUCUUUCACAGACUAGUGAUGUUAAAGGCCUGUAGUCCUUUCACCAUUCAAACAGACCUGCUCAGGUCUUCAGCCAAUCAGAGCCCUCGACAACAGAGUUCUCACCAUAAAUAAAUGGAUGCCCUCGUCUACUGCUGCUUGCUGGUUUCAACUCAACAGAUUUUGUAGCCAAGUAAAGAAAAACUAAAAAAAAAAUCUAUACAUAAUGAAGUAAUUUAUUUUCCUUUACUAGAGAUAAGCCGAUGAGAAGAGCCAGUUGAUUUAGCCUCGAUGCCGCUGCAGACGCAGAGCUUUUAGGAGAAAGUGACGCCAUCAAAGCUUAUGACAUCGCAGAGUAAACUGCCCUUCCUUCUUGUUGGUAAAGAGGGACAGAGACGAUUUGUGUUUGCUCUUUUACAUUAAAAUAUAACUCAAAGACUUUUGAGAAGCACCCUUUCUUAUAGAAACAGUUUAUUGGAAGGAACGUUACUGUCUCUGCCUUUCCAGGAAAAAAAAAGCGUAGAAAAUUGUCCUCAGAUGAAAGUUGCUGUGCUACUUUGGACUGUGUUGACAUGGAUCCUGGAGACGGUGACUGAGCUUCUCGACUUUACUGAGACAUUUAUACGUCUGAUCAGAGCUUUUUGAUGGCUGCGCUUACAUAAUGUAACUAAUCUAAGAUACCAUGAUGACCAUGUCGCAAGUAACUAUGCUGCACUGUCCAGUCUAAGAAGAACCAAUAGACAUUCAUCAUUUGCUUUUCCUAGAACAAAACUUGUGUUGCGCAGUUCUGAGAUGUUUAAGCCUUACCUUGUACAUAGACUCGUUCUGCCUUCUUUUCCUCACAUUCACGACAGAUUCCUGCUUCUGGGCGGCAGCGCUCAUCACCAAUCUGAUGGAGUGAAUGUGGAGGCAGAGGAAGACGAAUUACUGUAAAUGCACUCAUUGUAUGUUAUGUUUGAUUAUCAUGUGCAAUGUUGCGGCUUUAACAUUUUAUGCAACUAUUUAUGAAGACAUCUGUUGUAUCUGUAAUAAAUCUAGAGAAAAGCAUGUACUUGGUACUGCAAGCACUGCUGGUAGUUUGUGUUUAUUUGAUCUUUGAGUAUUAUGACUUCCAGGCCAGGCCACUUAGAGGUCACCAUCUACAAUCAUAUUACGGUUUGAUCAAAACUAAUUUAACACUUUUUGUACUGUAUGCCUAUGUAGUAUUGGUACACCAAAGUCGCUCUAGCUUUAUAAUACUUUAUUGUGAUUCUGUUUCACUCUGACCAUGUAGAAUAAUUGUUUACACCGGUUAAAAACACAAUUGGAAGAACUUUAGUGUGCUUCAUCUCCUGUGUUGAUUUAGGAGAAAAGUGUUCUAGUUUAACUUUUAUACAUCAUUUGUUCAAUGGUGUUCUAAACGUAUGUACAGAUACAGUACUUAUUGCCAAAAUCUCUUUUAGAAAUCCCUGUUUCACACGUAAAAAACAUCCUAAAACAAACAACUGCUGACCAGUGGUUUUGGAAAUGAAAACACACACCAGCUGGUUUAAUCCCAGAGUCCUGAAUGAAUCCACCAAGAGGACAGGAGGGCGAUGAACAUAAACCACAGCCCUCUUGUUACCGUUAUUUAUUUCAGUGUACAAAGGCCAUUAAAAACAAGGAAACUUGGACUGAAUACCUCAGUUUAGGUUUUUUUUUCCAUUGUUUGUCUUUUUGUUAUGUGUUUCCAGUGUUUUUUUGUUUCAUAAGUUACAUGUUUGCCAUUUGUUUUCUAUCUUUGCAUGUAUAUUUUUUGUACAGAUCAUACAUAUUUUCUUGUAAAUAUUCUCAUUUUGCCAUCAGUUAUUUGGAAAUUAAAAAUAUUGAACACA